CCGAAGGGCAGGGAUUUUGGUGAAAUGAAAGUGGAAGCAAAGAGCCUGCCGGUUCUACAUCAGAAGUGUAUUUCAGGUCCGGCUUAGAGGAGACUAAAGCCCAUCAGAAGGUACAAGCAAGAGUUCUGUCGCUGUGGACGCUGCCACUUUGUGCCCAGCUCUGAAGCCUCAACUCUUGCCAGCCGGACCCCAGGCCCAUGUCAGUGACACAUGAUGCCGCUCUCCGUGCCCUUCGGGAGGAGCAGGCCAGACUAAAGAGGAGGCUGCAGCAGCUGCAGCAGCGGAGGAGGGAAUUUGGGGACUUCUCUCACCACGACCAGGUCCCAUUCCCGGUGCCCUUGGUCCCCCUGGUGUUCCGAGGACACACUCAGCAGGGCACAGAAGGGUCCAAGCCUUUGGUUUCCAAACUACGGAUCUGCUACCCUCUGCCUGGAGGCUCCGCUCUGGUCACCUUCGAUGAUCCCAAGGUGGCCGAGAGGGUGCUGCAACAAAAGGAGCAUAAGAUCGACAUCGAUGAGUGCCGGCUGCGGGUGCAAGUCCAGUCCUUGGAGCUGCCCGUGGUGACCACCAUCCAGGUGUCCACACAGAUAAGCAGGAGGAGUGUGUUGGUCAGUGGGUUUCCUGCAGGGCUCAGGCUGAGUGAGGAGGAGCUGCUGGACAAGCUGGAGAUCUUCUUUGGCAAGUCCAGGAAUGGGGGUGGCGAUGUGGAGAGUCGGAAGCUGCUGCAAAGUGGUGUCGUGCUGAGUUUCACUAAGGAUGCAGUGGCCCAGCACCUGUGCCAGGCUGGCCAGUUUACAGUGCCACUGGGCACGAAAAGCUUCCCUUUGAGAAUCUCUCCCUUCCUAAGUGGGGAGAUCCAGAAGGCUGAGGAAACUUGAUGUGAGCACAGAAGGAGGAACCCUCACCUUCCAGGAGCCCACCUUCCCCUCCACUCUCGGAGGCAACAUCCAGGACCCAGGGUUUGGCUUUUUAUUGACACAAACACAAAGGCAGCUUCGGUAACAGUAACGGGGUGGGGUACACAAAAGCAGAAAUCGCCCUUCACACAUUUAGGCCUCAUUUAGACUGAAGAGGCUAAGCCCCUCCCCCCACCUCCCAUUGGCAAUAGCUGGGCAGUAACCCUCCCUAAUUCCGUAUCAGAGAGCAGAGGGAGUUGUACCCCUGCGCCAGGAAGUCCCCACUUUGGUUCCGGUGGCCCAGGUCCUAACCACCCCCCUCCUUAUUCCCCUGUUCCAUCUCCCCACCCAUGUAAACAAAGUUUGGGGCUGAGUUUGAAAAGCUGCCCUCCUGCUCCGAGAAGGCAGUGGGCCUCCCUUGACUACACAAGAAAUGUGCUUCGAUUUUUACUUUGGUCCCA